GUUACUGAUACUUGGACAUUUCGAAGAGAAAAAGUAUGCGUGAAUGUAUCUCAAUUCAUGUGGGCCAAGCUGGGGCUCAGAUUGGUAAUGCAUGCUGGGAACUGUACUGCCUGGAACAUGGGAUCCAGCCAGACGGACAGAUGCCCACUGACAAAAUUGUUGGAGGAGGCGAUGACUCCUUCAGCACAUUCUUCAGUGAGACACGAGCAGGAAAGCACGUUCCCAGAGCAAUCUAUGUUGACCUGGAACCUACGGUCAUAGAUGAGGUGCGUGCAGGAACCUACCAUCAGCUUUUCCACCCUGAGCAGCUGAUUACAGGAAAGGAAGACGCUGCCAACAACUAUGCCCGUGGCCACUACACCAUCGGCAAAGAGAUCAUAGAUCUGGUCCUGGACAGGACACGUAAAUUGGCUGAUCAGUGCACUGGCCUGCAGGGAUUUCUCAUCUUCCACUCUUUUGGUGGAGGCACUGGCUCUGGUUUCACUUCCCUCCUGAUGGAGAGGCUCUCUGUUGAUUAUGGGAAAAAAUCAAAGCUUGAGUUUGCCAUCUACCCAGCCCCUCAGGUUUCCACAGCAGUGGUGGAGCCUUACAACUCCAUCUUAACCACCCACACCACCCUGGAGCACUCUGACUGUGCCUUCAUGGUGGACAAUGAGGCCAUCUAUGACAUCUGCCGCAGGAACCUUGACAUUGAACGUCCCACCUACACCAACCUUAACAGGCUGAUUGGCCAGAUUGUGUCCUCAAUUACAGCCUCACUUCGUUUCGAUGGAGCCCUGAAUGUUGACCUGACAGAGUUCCAGACCAACUUGGUGCCCUACCCUCGUAUCCACUUCCCUCUGGCCACUUACGCCCCGGUCAUCUCUGCUGAGAAAGCCUACCAUGAGCAGCUGUCUGUAGCUGACAUCACCACCACCUGCUUCGAACCAGCUAAUCAAAUGGUCAAGUGUGAUCCUCGUCAUGGUAAAUACAUGGCCUGCUGUCUGCUGUAUCGUGGUGAUGUGGUGCCCAAAGAUGUCAACUCUGCUAUCGCAGCCAUCAAGACCAAACGCACCAUCCAGUUUGUGGACUGGUGCCCCACUGGCUUCAAGGUGGGUAUCAAUUAUCAGCCUCCAACUGUGGUUCCUGGUGGAGACCUGGCCAAGGUGCAGAGGGCUGUGUGUAUGCUAAGCAACACCACAGCCAUCGCUGAGGCCUGGGCCCGACUGGACCACAAGUUUGACCUGAUGUACGCCAAGAGAGCCUUUGUUCACUGGUAUGUUGGGGAGGGCAUGGAGGAAGGAGAGUUCUCAGAGGCCAGAGAAGAUAUGGCUACUCUGGAGAAGGAUUAUGAAGAGGAAUGCAAGUUAUGAAAGGGCUCCUAUGUCAGUUUCUAUAUACCAUUCAGCUGUGACUCUGAGAAUGAAAGCAAGAGAAAAUAACCGACGGACUCUGGCUGGUGUUGCUUGUGUAGCUCAUACUCAGACCAUAGCCUGCAGCAACAAUAGACUCCCAGUUCGGUUUUGUAUGAAUCACUGCACUAUGAUUCAAACAGAGUGGCUGAAAAGCUGCAUUAAAAACUGAGCUCUACAUUUCUUGGAAACUUUAUUUUUUAAUCUUUUCACAGUCUGUGAUACAUUAUUGUAAUUACCACACUGAAGUUUCUUUGUUCCAUAUUAUUUCAUUUGAUGAACUUUGGAUUAUCUUACUUGAUUAUUUGUAUGAUUGUUUACUUCUCAUCACUUUUUUUUUUUUUUUUUUUUUUUUUACCAUUAAAGCAUUUUUCUUUUACAUAUAAUAACCCAAAUAAACAUGUCAGUCUUUCCAUUUUUGAUUAUUUAUUUAGUGGUUCAACACAGAGAAGUCUUAGUGUGUGUGUGUGGGUAUAGAUGACUGAAUAAAGUAGCAUUGUCAAUCUCCUUGCCUACUGAUUUUGUUAUAGUAUAUGUAUGUUGAGAAAUGUGUGGGGGUGGAGUAUUUGCAUGCUGCAAUAUAAACAGCUCAUUUAAGUUAUGUGUUAAAAAAUCAAACUAACUCUGAAACUCUAAAUGGUGCCAUUGCAAACGGACACAAGCA